AACAUUGCAACCAUAUACUGUUGUAGGGAACGGCGAUCGGAAGAUCUCGCGAUGGCACAGAAAGAGGAAGGAUAUGACGCAGAGAUAGCAGUAUGCUUGUAGGUAUAUAAGCGAAUGCAUACGUCCAAUAAACGCCAUUUGUAGCAUCCUCAUAUUGGUGUCAGUGCUCAUUGGCCCGGAGGCAGGAGGAGCCUCCGUGCCGUCUCAGACGGACGGGAGAUUGCGCAUUAAAAGGCAACAAGUGGUGACCCCGACGUGAUAGCUGAGACGGCGGACCGCAGGCGGUCGAGAGGAUCUGGAUCAUGGACGCGGUAGUCAAGGUUGUACGUGUGGGUGCCCGGGAAUGGGGGCUCUCUAUGAGAGCGGAUGCAGUUGCGAACUGCGUCGGGCGGCUCCUGAAAGAAGGAGCGAUAGUUAGACCAGGGGACAUUCCUUCCCCUUCUAACUGGGAGAAAUGCACUCGAACGCUCGCUCAGAGAGCCAUGGCCACGAAGAAGGCCGCAGAGCUCAAGACAUGGGGAGACGUAAUGACCAUUUUACAAAGGACUAGGGAGGAGCGUGAGACUUGGCAGGCUGCUCGCGCGGCGCUGCACAUGUCCGCGGAAAUGGUGACACAGACAGCAGCGAACGCAGAGGAGCAAACGGAGGUGAUAGAGGGAGAGACGAUAGUAGGGGAUGAAGUGAGAACGGAGAAUGUGGAAACGGAGGAGGCGGUUUAUCAGGAACCAGAGCGGGGAGAGGGGGAAACACCAGAGGCAUACCCAGUAAUACCCUCUUCCCCACCACCCCCACGGUACCCGUGGAAAGAGAUGAGGGCGAUGGAAGGGGGAGAAUCAGGGGACCUUUAUGGGGACCGAGAUAUGAGAAAGCCAGUGGCAGGUAGUGGAAAAGAAGGCAAGGUGAAAGUGGAGGAGGCAGAAGAAAAGGAAAGACCGCUUACAGUGGAUGAUCCCCGAGACUGGCUGCCGGGGGCCAUGAUUCGGGUGCAGUGGGAAGACGAAAGAAGAGAGGAAGCAGGGGAAAGACCGAGGGUGCCGCGCCCGGGGAAAGAUGGCGCUGGCCGAGAGAGGAGUGGGCGUCGACCAGCAUUGCGGAAGGAGGGGACUGAAGACUCAGGCACAGACUCUGACUCCUUAGAAGGAAUAACGACGAAGAUGCAGCAACUAGGGCGGAGUUCCCCGCCGCAGUCAGAUGCGGAAGAAAAAAAGGGGAAGAAAGUCACAAGAGAUAUGGAGCAGAUGUUUAUGCUGCUUACAGCUCUGGAAGAGGAAAUAGCUAAACAAAGAGGGCUAUUAAAGGCAGCAGGUUCCGCCCAAGCGGGAGGGGGAAAAGAAAUUCCCCUAACGGACUGGAAAUUGAUAGCGACGGAAUGUGCCCUGAGUGGCCUCAAGUUUCGUGCGCCAAUAGGGGCCUUCCCAGUACGAGUUGCCCCCGGGGGGGGGGCAGUGGAAUGGGUGCCCCUCGACCCAAAGACGGUACAACAGCUAUUGAAAGCAGUGCAAGAACAGGGCCUGCGACACCCGGUGACACAGACGUUGCUGGACGCGGCGCACGCGGGAGGCCUAGUGCCGUGGGAUUGUCGCACCCUCGCGCGACUGGUCUUAUCGCCCACGAUGGUCCUUAUGUGGAAAGAGGCGUGGACCUUGCGCCUGCAGCAGGCGUUGAUGGCCGCGCAGGCAGACCCGCAGAACCCACUGGGCCAAUCCACCCUAGCGCGGUUAAGAGGAAAUGAUGCAGCCAUGGCUACGCCCCAGCAGCAGGCAGCGGGCCUGAGACCUCGGGAGAUACUGGCGGCAACAGAAGCAUCUCGAAAGGCCUUUGAUGACAUUGGGCCACUGAUGCAACAGGCAGACCCAUGGACGACUGUGAAGCAGGGAAUGGGAGAGCCGUUUGACAAGUUUUGUGACAGACUACAGGCAGCAGUAGAACUUGCAUCUUUACCAGACGCUGCAAAAGGAGCGGUGAUGUUGGAAUGUAUCAAACAGCAGGGCAACGAGUUGACAAAAGAAAUCCUAAGAACAGCGCCUAAGGGAGCAAGUCUAGGGCAGACGAUCAAGUACGUAUUAGAACACCGGGACAAGACCACAGCCCUACAGGUUGCUGCAGCAGUUAUGGCAAUGCCGGAGGUUAGAGCUAGAGGAGGUCCAAAAGGAGGCCCAUGCUUCGGCUGCGGGCAAAUGGGCCAUUUGAGAGCACAGUGCACGAAUAAGGGAAGUUACGCGCACCCAACAGGUGGUAUGGGGAGCCUUACAUGCUGGGCCUGUGGAAAACCAGGACACAGAGCACAAGAUUGUCGGCGGCCGGGAAACGAGAAGCGGGGAGGGCAAAUAAGGGGCCACCCCUCCCCGGUGAGCCGGCCUCAAGUAGCCCCCGUCAACAACAACACACCGCUGAUGGACAGCUCCAGCGACCAAACUCCGAAGGGAAACCCCGUGUGGCCCUGGUCUCGCGUGAAACCACAAGAAGAACGCAUGACCAGAAAACCCGAGAAGAUGGCAGGGGGAGCAACCCAAGUAGCUCUCCUCGUAGCGAUGCUGGGACUGGGACUCCAAGGGGUGAAAGGCGAACCAACGUUAGCGAAAUGGGGUAGUAACAAUCUAUGGCUCACCUGGGCAAACCGGACAGGAAAUAAGCAAUUUUGCCUGACGCUGGCGGGUGCGGGGCAGCCUUUUAAGACAUGCUUAAUAGGGGUCCCAUUGAAUUUGACCGUAGACCUACCAAAACUGAGAGAGCAUUGCACAAACACAAGCAAUAUUAGUAACUGCUUGAACACGCUGAAUGCAUCAUUGCCCUGGGACCCGCAAGAGCUUGACCUUCUGGGUUCGGUAGCACCAAUUAACUACACCGGUGCGGCAUGCGUGCACUUUGGGAAUAAUCAACAAGGGAUAAAUGUCUAUAGAAACCUUAACUGGACCAGGUGGACCAAUGUGUCCUCAAGCACACCGGGGUUUGAUUAUACCGCAAAAUCAUAUUGUAACGGCUCUUUGGGGGUGGAAACAAAAGGAAGAGGGCCAACCCAUUGGGUAAAUGAGACGGCUAGGGCCCUCCCUGAUGGAAUGUUCCUGAUAUGUGGGGACCGGGUGUGGCCCGGGAUCCCAAGACGUGCUGUAGGGGGGCCUUGUUACUUAGGUAGCUUAACUAUCUUUGCGCCCAAUCUAACGGCUAUGAUAACCAUGGCAAAUCAAACGAGUCGAAGGCGCCGCAGUCUGACGAGCUUGGGUCCCGAGUGUGAUGAUAAGGUUGAGAUCUGGGGAGCGGCGUCUCGAAUCGGAGCAUCAAUCAUCCCGCAGAUUGGUACAGCGCACGCCUUGGCAUCCUUGGGAAAGCUAGCUUGUUGGGCGGUGAAGCAGAGCAACAUAACAACCAAAGUACUGUAUGAAAUGGCACAAGAUAUGGAUAGCUUACGACAUGCUGUCCUGCAGAAUAGAGCAGCCAUAGACUUUCUGCUGUUAGCCCAGGGUCAUGGGUGUAAAGAUGUGGAAGGCAUGUGCUGCUUUAAUCCGACGGAGCACAGCCGGUCAAUACACAGUGAGUUAGAAUGGCUAAAGGAGCACACGCAUAAAAUUACUGUAAUGACUAACCCGCUAGAUAGUUGGUUUGGUAAUUGGCUUGGGCUAGGACCAUGGGCCAGACAGUUACUAAUAGAAGGGUUGCGCCUGCUGCUGAUGCUCGUGCUAGGCAUAUUAGUAUGUAAACUAGUGUUUAGAUGCUUGGUAAGACAACUGCUAGAAAAGGGGUGGUCCCGCCCACACCCACAUUAUGAACACUUAACCCGCGACACGGCAAUUUAAAGCAAAUAGCAUAGCCAAAGCAUGGGGAGGGGGAGAUGUAGGGAACGGCGAUCGGAAGAUCUCGCGAUGGCACGGAAAGAGGAAGGAUAUGACGCAGAGAUAGCAGUAUGCUUGUAGGUAUAUAAGCGAAUGCAUACGUCCAAUAAACGCCAUUUGUAGCAUCCUCA